AUGGAAGUUAGGGGGCCGUCCCGCAGCGGAGACGCCUUGAACCGGGCAUACCAGCGGACCUACAAGGCCUGUCUCUCCUGUCGUCAGAGAAAGGCAAAAUGCGAUCUGGGGACAGACUCGGAGGGUCUCCCGUUAGGGCCGCCCUGUGCGAAAUGUCGUAGAGAGCAGAGGGAGUGUGUGUUCAGCGAAAAGAGGGCGUGGGAGAGGACAAACAAGCGAGUAGGUCCAUCAGAAGAAGGCAUCACGCCACCUUCAAAUGUACGUCGGAGGCUAUCUGCCACCCCCAAACGUAGCAGAGACAUUCCGGACGAUGUACUUCAGGUGGUUGAUGACAGCCCAGUUCGUGACAAUGGCAAACGUGGGGAUAGCUAUAACAGCCCGCAGCAGCCAUACCGUCCUGAGAACCGCCGUGACCGUCAUCACUCCACGUCUACCUUGGCAAACUCCAUGAUGCGUACCGUGGUAUCAAGUGGAAACGAUGCACUUAAUAUUCUCUUCGAAGCGGCAGCGGUUCACAGCCAAGAGAACAGCUCCGAUCGAUCUGAGAAACAAUCACGAAAUACACAGGCCUCCACUGCACAGGUCAGCGACGUGGACCACUCCGGUGAUCAUGCGCAGACUAUGUUUGCUGCUGAGGCCAUAGCCAAGGCGAAGCGUCCAGUCAAGCUUUCCUCUGUCUCGAAAGAGGUCCUCGGUGUUUGGGAGACUUGUCGCUUUGUCAAGAUGGGGUGGUUCACUUCAAGAGAAGCCGUCACAUUGAUCGACCAGUUCUUCAAGAAUAUGACGCCGCUAUCUCCUAUCCUAACAAACUUUUAUGCGGACCACAAUAAUCACCACUGGCUUGUGACGCGGGACCCUGUCUUAUGCUGUACGAUAUUGAUGCUUUCAUCGCGAUACCAUGUAUUGCCAGGGGCUGGCGGCGAAUCAAGGAACUUCUUUAUUCACCACCGACUCUGGCAGCAUUGCCAGCAGCUGGUGGUGCGAUUAAUUUUUGGUCAGGAGAAGUCGUCUCACACUCGAAUAAGGAGCAUCGGCACAAUUGAGGCCCUCUUAUUGAUGUCAGAAUGGCAUCCUAGGUCUCUCCACUUUCCCCCGGAAAGUGACGGAUGGGAUUCCGACCUGGUGCUGGCUCCAGAGCACCAAGAAUCGGAAGGUUCAUCGGCCGAUAGGUGGCUCGAAGACAUGAUCGAGCCAGCCAAGAGAUCCGACCAAAUGUCGUGGAUGUUGCUUGGCUCUGCUUUGUCGCUUGCACAUGAACUUGGUAUCUUCGAGCUGGAUGACAAGAAAUGCGACUACUCAUCCGUAUAUGAAGGGUCCAUAUCCGAUGACCAAAUUAAGCUCCGCAGGCAGCGCGUACAACGGCUUUUAUACGUAUAUAUCAAUCAGCUAGCCUGGCGAAUAGGUUGUGUAUCACUUAUGCCACAGAGCUUAAGCCAUGCUAUUGCAGGUCGACAGACAAGCAGGGCUUUGGGCCAACCAGGGGACGAAUGGCUAGCGUUUAUGGAUUCCUGGAUGGACCUUACAAAGCUGGCAAAAUCUGUCACUGACACGUUCUUUCCUUCCGUGUCGUUUGCGAGACAGCAGUUCCAUAGUGGGAGGUACAUCGAUCUGUUGGAUCACUUCCGUACGCUACUUGUCAGGUGGAAAGAUGAUCAUCUUCGGCCACAGGUACUCAGCAAGCACUUUUUCGAUAUCCUUUUUAUAGAAUAUCAUUUUGUCCGCGUCUAUACCCACUCAGUUGGGAUGCAGGCAGUUGUUGAACGUGCCGUUGCAGACAGUGAACCAAAUGCGGAAGAAGUCCGGGCCACCAAUAUUGAUCCAAUCGACUAUGAGUACAUCCAAGAGGUCAUUGAAGGCUGCUGUCAAAUACUACAAAAAGUGGCCCAACUGGGUGAAACUGGGGCCUUGCGGUUCUCCCCCGUCCGAAUCUUCCUUCGAGUCACCAGUUCCUCUAUUUUCCUGAUGAAAGCUCUUAGUUUAGGGACCCGGCCUGCAAAGCUCCGUGAAUCGCUGGACAUUCUUGAUCGUAGCGUGCAGGCGCUUAAGUCUAAUGCGCUCGAUGAUAUUCAUCUGAGCUCUCGGUAUGCUGCUCUACUAGAGAUGCACGUAUCGCGCUUAAGACGCAACCUGUUAGCUUCCUCCAAAUCGGUAAAGCACAACCAUAGAGCAACAACACAGCCAUCUAUGGCGCCUUCUCAGAGCAUGGAAAGCGACAAUGGCGCUAUUAUGGGCGUCCCUGCCUCGCAAAAUAUGACAGACGUGAGCUACAUUCCAUCAUUGAGCGGCAUCGCCGCCGACGACUGGCUUUCGUUGCCGUUUGAUCCGUCGAUGGCACCUUUCGGCAUCAGCACUGGUGGACAAUUCCCAGCAUAUGAAGGAGGAGCAUUGAAUUUCAUCUGGAAUCUGCCAUCGUAG